AUGGAAGCAACAGGCUCCUACACAGCAGGCGUUGAUAGUACCUUGUCUCUCCCGCCCGCCGGAAUGCGAUCUCAUCAUCCACGCGUGACCCAGAGGGCUCCAUUGUCAUGCUAUCCCUGCUCCAAAAGAAAGAGACGCUGCUCAAGGACGGUCCCCUGUACCAACUGUGUGAACCGGGGCAUCUCUGAUCAGUGCCAUCGCGAGACCGUCGUCCUCGCCAAAAACCGCCCUUCUCUGGAUCAGACUGCGAGGCCGCGCUCUGCAAAGACGGCACGCGUUGCUACUACUGCUCAUAGGACUCAUGGCGACAGCGACCGCGCACAUGUCCGCGAAAGUCCAGCUUCUCACCUGCCCGGUCAGCACCACAUCACUGACUCGGCCCGCGAGCAAGUUGCGGCAAGACCCGUCAACGUUGAGAGUCCGAGCCACGGCGAUCUUGGUAAUCAAGACUCAACGACGGACGUUUAUAGCCAAGGCUCCCCUGUAGCUUUCAACCACGACGGAAACCUUGGUAGCAGUCCGCGCCAGCGUGAUGUCGACUCACACCUUUCUGGGGAGGCCGCCAACACCUUGGAAGCUCUCGUCUGGGGAAGCCACAAGGCGACGGCCGAGGUCCAUUACGGUCGUGGCCGCGCCCUGAAUAUUCAAGGCUCUCUUUCGAGUGCCCAAGAGCGGGAGGUUUUGAGUUUCCAUCAACUUCACGUGGCGUGGACACACAACGUUUUGCACAUGCCGAGCUUUAUGCGUGAAUGUCAGCUAUAUCGCCAAGUGGAACAUAGCCUGCCCGAUGCGGGAUGGCUGACAUUAUACUAUGCCGUCCUCAGUCUUUCCUUCAUGUACAUGCAUCCGCAAAAGGCCGAGAAACUCGGACUCCCAGAGGCUUCCCUCUUAUCCCAAAGCUUCUACGACCUCGCCAUUGAGUCUCUACACGCAGCUGAGCUCGCAACCGUCAACUCGAUGCAUGCUCUUCAGGCUGUCUGUAUUCUUUUGCCCUGUUGCCACUUCUUCGGUGAUUCUAAGCGAAUCAUGAUCCUGCUUGCUAUGGCCAACGUCACGGCUCAGAUCAUGGGAUUGCACCGAGUCCAGGCAAAAUCCGAGAGACCAGAAUCCGUAUCCGAAGUCAUAAGUCGCGAGGUUCAGAAAAGAGUGUGGUGUUGCCUGUGUAUCCAAGACUCGUACCUCAUCACCUUCAAGCGAAGCUAUAGUAUCUCCAUGGCACACUGUUCCACGCCGCCACCCAGCAAUUGUGACGAGAAAGAGGCAAGCAUCAGCUGCAACGGUUCCGUGGCCGAGCUCCCAGCAGAUCACUUUACACAAAGUACUUUUCAAAUCCAACAACUGAAGCUGUCAAACAUUUCUCGGGCCCUGUUCGAUAGUGUCUCGUCGCUGGAGCGCGCGGGGCAGGGAAUCCAUAGUGUGUUUGACAAGGUUCUCGAGGCUGAUGACGCUCUGGUGCGCUUUGCACAGGAGCUGCCGCCUUGGCUGUCGGUGGUGCAACAAGAGACUCUUCGAGAUGACGACCCUUGCAUCGUACCAGCAGCAGGCGCCAAUGCUGACCAUCCAGAGGUUCUCCAGAGCGUACGCCGAACACUGCGCAUCUCGUUUCUACACAAACGCAUCAUGAUUCACCGGUCCUUGUUUUGUCGCAGCCUGACGGACAAGAGAUUCCACUACUCUUAUACCAGCUGCCUCGACGCCGCCCGCACGAUUUUAAAGGAAUACUGA